UAAGAAAAUUAAGAUCGGUGGGCAUAUAUAGAUCCACAAGAGAUAGAAAAGAACCGAAAAAAAAAAUGGCGAACGAGCAGAGCAUCGAUCAGUUCAGAUCCCAACCUCGCCUUCCCAGAUUCGCGGCCCCGAAACGCUACGAAAUCUUCCUCAAGCCCGAUCUCAUCGCCUGCAAGUUCGCCGGAUCCGUACGAAUCACCAUCGACGUCGCCUCCGCCACCCGCUUCUUCGUCCUCAACGCCGCCGACCUCGUCAUCGACAACGAUUCCAUCUCUUUCACGAGCCAGAGCUCUCCAAAGGAGUUUCGGCCUUCGGAGAUCGCUGUCGUGGAAAAAGAUGACAUUUUGGUGUUGAGGUUUGAUGAGGUUCUGCCACUUGGAGAGGGAGUUUUGGGGAUUAGGUUUGAUGGAACCCUAAACGAUCAGAUGAAGGGGUUUUAUAGGAGUGUUUACGAGCAUAAUGGAGAAAAGAAGAACAUGGCCGUUACUCAAUUCGAGCCUACUGAUGCUAGACGAUGCUUUCCGUGUUGGGAUGAACCGGCUUUUAAGUCAACUUUCAAGAUUACGUUGGAAGUACCAUCUGAACUUGUAGCAUUGUCAAACAUGCCAGUGGUGGAAGAGAAGCGUGAUGGAAUUGUCAAGACUUUCAUUUUCCAGGAAUCCCCAAUUAUGUCAACAUACUUGGUGGCAGUUGUUGUUGGUUUAUUUGAUUAUGUAGAAGCAAUUUCACCUGAUGGGAUCAAAAUUCGUGUAUAUUGUCAAGUUGGUAAGGCCAACCAAGGAAAGUUUGCUUUAGAUGUUGCUGUGAAGACACUGGACAUAUAUAAAACAUACUUUGCUGUGCCUUACUCACUUCCGAAAUUGGAUAUGGUUGCUAUUCCUGAUUUUGCUGCUGGUGCUAUGGAGAACUAUGGUUUGGUCACAUAUCGAGAAACGGCUUUGCUCUAUGAUGAUCGCCAUUCAGCUGCAGCAAAUAAACAAAGGGUGGCAAUUGUUGUAGCACAUGAAUUGGCACACCAAUGGUUUGGCAAUCUUGUGACAAUGGAAUGGUGGACACAUUUAUGGCUUAAUGAGGGUUUUGCAACAUGGGUGAGUUAUCUGGCAGCAGAUUCCUUAUUCCCUGAGUGGAAAAUAUGGACACAAUUUCUAGAUGAUUAUACUACAGGCCUAAGGCUGGAUGCACUUGCCGAGUCACAUCCUAUCGAGGUUGAUAUAAACCAUGCAAGUGAGAUUGAUGAAAUCUUUGAUGCGAUAAGCUACAGAAAAGGAGCAUCUAUCAUUCGUAUGUUGCAAAACUACCUUGGUGCUGCAUGUUUCCAGAGAUCCCUGGCUUCUUAUAUAAAAAGAUUUGCGUGCUCGAAUGCAAAGACUGAAGACUUGUGGACUGUACUUGAAGAAGAAUCAGGUGAACCUGUGAAGACAUUGAUGGAUUCAUGGACUAAGCAGAAAGGUUACCCUGUAGUUCAUGUGAAUGUCAGAGAAAGAGUACUUGAGUUUGAGCAGUCUCAGUUUUUGUCUAGUGGAUCCACAGGUGAUGGACAAUGGAUAGUUCCUGUAACAUUAUGUUGUGGUUCAUAUUCAUCUCAGAAAAAGUUCCUAUUAAGUGCAAAACACGAAAAGUUAGAUUUGACAGAAUUUAUAAAUUCUUCAAAUGCGGACUCAAACCUGGUGGGGACAGGGAAUCAACAGAGUGGGAGACACUUUUGGAUCAAAUGCAAUGUUGAUCAAACAGGUUUCUAUAGGGUGAAAUAUAAUGAUGAGCUUGCUGCUGGGCUUAGGCAUGCAAUAGAGUCGAAACAACUGUCUGCAAUGGAUAGAUUUGGCAUUUUGGAUGAUGCAUAUUCCCUAUGCAUGGCUGGCAAGCAAACAUUGUCAUCCUUACUCUCUUUGAUGGCUGCUUACAGGGAAGAAGUUGAUUAUACUGUGCUGUCACUCGUAAUCACGAUAAGUCGCAAGAUUGUUAAUGUGGCAGCUGAUGCAGUUCCAGAAUUAUUGAAUGACAUCAAACAAUUUUUUAUCAACCUUCUCCAGUUUCCCGCAGAGAGGCUAGGUUGGGAUUCUAAGGAAGGAGAAGGCCACUUGGAUAUGAUGUUAAGGGGAGAACUUUUGGUUGCUCUUGCUGAACUCGGACAUGAUGUUACUCAGCAUGAAGCAUUAAGGUGUUUCGGUGUAUAUUUAGAUGAUAGAAAUACAUCUCUCCUUCCUCCUGAUACAAGAAAGGCUGCAUAUGUUGCAGUAAUGCAGGCUGUUAAUAGUAUGGACAAGUCUGGAUAUGAAAACCUUCUGAAAGUUUACAGGGAGACUGACUUAAGCCAGGAAAAAACCCGUAUCCUCAGUUCUCUGGCAUCUUGCCUAGAUCCAGAAGUUGUUCGAGAUGUUCUUAAUUUUUUGUUGUCUCCAGAGGUUCGGAAUCAAGAUGCUAUAUUUGGACUUGCAGGUGUUAGUAGGGAGGGGCGUGAUGUUGCAUGGACAUGGUUGAAGGAUAACUGGGAGCACAUUAAGAAAACAUGGGGAUCUGGAUAUCUAGUUGGCAGAUUUGUUACUUACAUUGUCUCUCCGUUCUGCUCUGAUGAGAAAGCAAAGGAAGCAGAAGAAUUCUUUGCUACCCGAUCCACACCUUCAAUUGUUAGAACACUGAAGCAGAGCAUUGAGCGCGUUGGAAUCAAUACAAAGUGGGUACAGAGUAUUAGGAAAGAGGGACCUCUUGGAGAGGUGGUGAAGGAGUUGGCAUAUAGAAAGUACUAAAAAGAAGUUUGCGAGGCAGUUAAUAAGGUUUUAUGCGAGGAGCUAGUGUAAACUGUAACUUCACCUGCAUGUGUUAUCCCAUGGACUGAACUUGAAGCUGUAAUGUUAGAUUUGGAGAUCCGUUGAACCACAAGGAAUGAUUUAUAAAUAAAUUAUGCGCAAAAUUAGAAUC